UAAACAAAGCAGUGGCGCUAGCGGCAUAUUUAUAAAUAAUGCAAAUUUUGCAACGUUUGUUUUGGUCAUCACUAAAAACAAUACAAACAUACUGCCGUAACUACGCCAAAAAACCAAAGGGAGGCAUGGCACACAACCGACGCAUGGUGCACAAGGAAUUGCUGCGUUAUGUAAACCCAUAUGCAUGCAUUAAUAUCAAAUCGGAUAUCGCCAUCCAUGUGGAGCCCGCCGAUGUCCAUGUGUACACCAGUGGAGAUGUAAUUAUAGCCCAGCUAACUGGUGGUCCUGUGUCCAACUCAAAUGUCGAUCUGAAUAUGGAUGUUGAAGAGGACGACAAGGUUGUCAAUGUCUUGGUUAAAAAGCUAAACGAACAGAAGUCGCAUUUUAAAUGCCUUCUAAAGAUUCCCGUGCGUGCCGAUGUCAACCUGGAAGCAAAAGAAAAAGUAACCAUACAGGGCAUACAAGGCGAGGUACUUAAGAUCAAGGCAGGUGGAGAUAUAUUCACCAGGAAUGUACGAGCCACAGAAAUAUCGCUGAACAGCGAAAAUGGCAACAUCAUCUGUGAGGGAACACUGCUGGGCAAGAGCACCGAAAUCGAAACACAGAACGGAAACAUCAAUCUGGACAAGCUGCAGGGUGACAGCCUAAAGUGCUCCACACAGGCGGGUGACAUUAAUACAGACUGCUGCUACGUAGAGAAAUCAAAGUUUGAGACGACAACGGGCAGCAUGGAGCUUAAGAAUGUGCACAAAACUAGCGAAGUAUAUGUUCACCAAGCGGGUGAUCUAAAGAUGACUGGCGUCCAUGGAAACCUGAACGUGUUCUCUAAAGGCGGCAGCAUGAAUCUCCAGCUCUCUGAGCUGAAUGGCAAAAGUGAGAUUGUGGCACAGAAUCUUAUUGACGAGGCCAUAAUCAAUAUAUCCGAGGCAAUAGAGAACAUAAAUAUAGAAGUUAAAGCCAGUCAGGUUAACCUAAACAACGAGCUGGACCAUGUCUCCCAUGCAUUGAGCGAAGACAAAAGCAAAUUUUUACUAAACAAUGAGAAUGAGCAUCAUCUGGUCAUUAGCACCACAGGAGAGAAUGGAGUGCGUCUUGGCAAGCAAUCGUGGACCGAUAUGCUGAGGCAAAAAAUGAAAUCGAAUGAAUAAAUUUAAGAUAUUACAAAUA